AUGCCACGCCUCGAGAGAGCGACCGUCGCGACCCUGGUCGCCCUGCUGGCGACCGCGCUCGCCGCGUGGGCACUGGUCGCCCAACCCGAGGCGCAGGUAGAGCCGGCCGCCACUCCGGCUGCGAAUGCGAACCCGCCGGCAACCCUGGCGACCGCCCCGUUCGUCGGCCCCCAAGCCUGCAUUCAGUGCCACUUCGAGCGUUUCGAGAGCUACGAGAACAGUCCCCAUGGCCUGGCCGGCGACCCCCGCACCCCGGCGGCACGAAAUGCCUGCGAGACCUGCCACAACCCCGGCGGCAAUCAUGUCGCUGGCGGCGGCGGAAGGGGCAUCGGCGGCAUGCAGAACUUCACCGACGCGUCACCGGUCGAGGUCCGCAACGGGGUCUGCCUGCAAUGCCACAAUCGAGGCUACCCGGCGCUGUGGAUGGGCAGCAUCCACGAAACCCGGCAGCUCGCCUGCACCGAUUGCCACAGUGUCCACAACGGCCAUCGCAAGCUGCUGCUCGAAGCCAGCCAGCAGCAGGUUUGUACCAAAUGCCACCAGUUGAUUCGCGCCCAACUGCUGCGCCCCUCGCGGCAUCCGAUCCGCGAGGAAAAGCUGGUCUGCACUGAUUGCCACAAUCCCCACGGCACUCUCACCGAGCGCCUGAUCGACGCCAACACGGUGAACGAGAAAUGCUACGACUGCCAUGCCGAGAAGCGCGGCCCGUUCCUGUGGGACCAUCCGCCGGUGCGCGAGAGCUGCCUCAACUGCCACGAGCCCCACGGCGCCACCCAUGAGCCGCUGCUCAAGGUCAAACGGCCGUUCCUCUGUCAGCGCUGCCACGCCGAUCCCGACCAUGCCAACGUGCUGUGGGCGCUGAGCGAGGACGAAGCCGCCGCCGGACAGUCGCCCUACGAGUUGCAGGACCGCCGCAACGGCCGGCCGGCUUCGCAGUUGUUCAAUCGCAGCUGCACCAACUGCCAUGUCAACUUUCACGGCAGCAACCACCCCUCGGGACGCUGGUUCCACCGCUAG